AAUGUCAGCAUCAUCAGCAAGCAAACGCAGCAGCGACAGCUCUCCGACCAUCUCACCAGCUUGUAGCAGCAACAGCACUACGAUCCGGUUGCAGCCUAUUCGUGCCACGGUGCCGUUUCAGCUCCUGCGUGGAAAUCAACACAGCCCAACCCGCUCUUCCUCAUCCUUCUCAGUUGGGAGCAAUACAGGACCGACGACAUCCCGCUGCUCCAGUCCCACCAGCCCGACGCAGCUGCUGCUUGGAAACGCGGGUGGAAGCUGCUCCGAAGGCAGACUGGUCGCAAGGCAGAGACCCUCACCGCCUGACAAAGGCUCACCUGAGCGGUGUUCAAAUUCUCCUGUGUUAAAAGUUGAAAGCUCCAAGGCCCAGCAGGUGCGUAACUCGGGAGCGAUCCGCCGGACGUCCUCCCUGGGCACCAUCACAGGCCCCUACCUCACAGGACACUGGCCACGCGACCCCCACGUGCACUACCCCUCUUGCAUGAAAGACAAAUCCACACAGACUCCCGGAUGUUGGAGUGAAGAAGAGAGAGAAAAGAGGAGCACCCACCAGCGCUCGGCGUCCUGGGGCAGCGCCGACCAGCUCAAAGAGCAGAUUGCCAAGCUCCGGCAGCAGCUCCAGCGCAGUAAGCAGGGAGGUCGUCACAGCAAAGACAAGGAGCGCCUGUCUCCCCUUCAGUACACCACCUCCACCUUCACCACGACCAGCCACGCUCAGCCUUCAUCCAUGUCGAAGUCGUCCCAGAUGGCUCUCACCAACAUCACGGUGCCAAAGCCCUCCAUCUCCAGGGUUCCCAGCAGCAUGGAGGGCAUCAACCACGAGCUGGAGAAGGUCUUCAUCCGAGACAACGGGGAGAAGGAGGAGCUCAAGGCUCUAGAGGUGCCUGACGGCCGGCGAGCCCCCUUCCCCCCCCAGCAGCGCAGCAGCAGCUCCCGCAGCGUGGACACGCAGACCCCCUCGGUGCCCGGCCGCUCCAGCAGCUGCUCCAGCCUGUCCCCCUGCCCCUCGCCCGCCUGCCCGCCCGGCUCCCACGACGGCAGCCCCUACUCCGCAGACGACCUGCUCUACGACCACGAUAAAGACAGUGGCAGCAGCUCACCACUGCCCAAGUUUGCCUCGUCCCCGAAGCCAAACAACAGCUACAUGUUCAAGCGGGAGCCUCCGGAGGGCUGUGAGAAGAUCAAAGUGUUCGAGGAGCAGAGUUCCAGGCAGCAGUCUGCGUCCGUCCCCCUCUUCUCCUGCCCCGACAAAAACAAGGUCAACUUCAUCUCGACCGGCUCCGCCUUCUGCCCCGUCAGGCUGCCCGGCUCCCUGCACCUCGCCCCCGCCUCGGAACCCCAAGAGGACGCCGCCCCCGAGGCCGGCCCCAGCUCUGCCUCCUCGGGGCCCGUGUCCGCGUACGGCACCCCGCCCCACUGUGUCCCCACUCAGGUCUCCACCAGCACCAGCACAGACGACCCCCCGGAGGCCCCCGCCUCCCCCUCGCAGGGGGCGGCCCCGCCCCCAGAGACUGCCUCCCAGACAGACGGCCUGGCCAUCAGCUAGACGGGAGCAGAGCUGGCCUCUGCUCCAUGCCCACUCACCGUCAGCGACUCCUCCCUCUGUCCCCCUCUGUGCUGAACCCCACUCUCUGCAUGGCGUAGCAACAACACCAACAACACCCACAAAACAAGACGACAAAGUCACCUUAUUGUUCCUUGAAUAUUCUUAAAAGCACUGUUCUCGUCUUGGCUGGACGCGGUGAUCUGUCCAGUGAUAGAUAUGCCAACGUUUGAGGGAAGAAUGAAAUACCACGAAUAGAGGGGCGGCAUGCAUUUUAAACUGGUAGUAUGUUUAAGAUUAAACUCUGUGUUGUAUUCCGUUUCAACAUUCACAGUAUGAAUAAGCUCUCGCUAUACAUAUUAUAGUCUCAUAUAUCUAUGAAAAGAAAAACAAGGCUUGUUUCAAUUGAAAACGGUGUAUUUGCUGUGUUAUGUAUGUAACAGGAAAACAGCUAUACUGUUCAGGAUUAUGUUUACACGAUCCACAACACAUUUCGAAACCCACUUUAAGAUACGCAAUGCAAAACAAGGAAGCAAAACACAAAAUGAGAAGAGGUAAUGGACAAACAUACAAAAUGGCCAGAUCCGUUGCACAGUGUCUGUUAUGGCCUUGCUUCAGGUAUCUCACUCUAGACUCAGGUAAUUUGGAAUGUAUGUCCAUAAAAACAUCUGUAGCUCAAAGUAGAAGAGUUUGGAUCGCUUUACGCGCGUUCUCAUUCCAGAUGAAGGGGUUUCCCUAGACAUUCCAUGUUGCCACGUGCCGUCCUUUUCCUAGACCCAUGCUUGCAGACCGAAGGAGUGUGUUGACAGUCUACUCUGGUGGCCUCCCCUUAGUCCUGUUAGUGGAGGUGUUGAGUUGUGGUCCAGGAACACAAUUUGAGAGAGACAGACAGAGAGAGGUUUGAUGCCUGGUUGUGUUGACUGAGAUUAGUUCAAACAUGCUGUAGGGAAGUAAGAAUAGCCAUAGGUGUGGUGUAGUCGGAACCGUCAACCAUUCGGUAGAAAACUGAGUGGUUGAUGUCUUCUAAAGUCACGUCUUAACCUGCAGUGACAAUUUCUUGAGGAACAGCUACAGGAGAGACAGUUAUAUUCAGGUGAUGCCCGUACGAAGACUGUUUAAAAAUCACACAUAAACAUGUCACGCUCAAACCUUAGCUGUUAGCUAAGCAGAAAACAAAUUCCAUAACACAAAUUACUCUCAAGCCAAAUUCAAAUGUAUCUCAACUGUAGAUCACAGAGAGGGAGGUUGACACCUUUUGACCACCUUUCUACCAUACGUGUUGUUAGUUGGCACACUUGUUUCAAACAAAGCAACUCUGGGGAGCCUUCCGUAUUGUCUACUGUGCAAAAUGAGUUCCUCUAUAGGUAGUAACAAUGUACCGCGUUGAACAUCACUUAUCCAAGCGUAAAUGAUCGACGCUUCAACUUAUCAAGACAUUUAAGAGAUUAACAUAAUCAAAAGUAACAUUAUUUAUUUUAAUAUCUUGUGGGCUCAAGGAAAUUCCGCAUUGAGGCUCCUUUCAUCCUACUCUGUAGAUAUAUAUGGCUUUAAAAGGGAGGAAUCUCCAUGUUGUUUUUAUUUGAUUUCAAUCCAGCACCUUAUUAUCAAAAAUAUAGCUUAUCCAAUGACUGACAUCAUGAUGUCAUUGGUUAACUAGACGUGUGCAAUAAUAGAGAAGGUGUUUCCCUUCUAAAGCUGUUUGUUAUUGUUCAACCCUCCCUAGUUGUACUCUUAGGCCUCAAGGAGUCAGGUCAGCACUCGGCUUGUUGUGGAAGCCAUUAACCAACUCGAAAACCAGCACUGGGCAGUAACCAGAGCACAUGACCACCAGGUCUGAGUCCACACUGAACCUGCAGUCAAAGUUUACGCACACUGGCAAUAAAGCGAUCAACUGCUAUGGCCACUUCUCGAAAAAAUUGUGUGCUAGGCCACAGAAGAGGGAGAGGUCCUGACUGUAAUUUAGGGAAACUUGCUGACCUGCUAUUUAGGGGGUAAUGCAAUCAAAACAACUCACAAAUACAGUAUAUCUAUACAACAGCACAAAUGAACCCCCUGCCUGUGAUGCCCUCCAGAAUGCUAGUCCUGUGUACAGCCACACUCACAUUGAAACUAGCCUCUUUCCAACUCUGUGUUUGUAGUUCCCACUGUUGCAAGGUCAGCUUAUUAGGUCAUGACACACACACGCACACACAAAAAAACGUAGUGCAUUUGGUUUCCCACAUAUAUCUCACUUUGCCCUUGGUGUGUGCACAAAGGCUUGUGUUGCUGGUGUUAGACCGAAAGCUUGCUUACUGUUUGUACAGUACAUAGGUCCACUGUUACCGUCCAGGCACUGUGCUCUGCUGACUGUUCCUGAUGCCACCAUAGGAUCAAUUGUUUUCUGUAAUGGGAUGGCCGUGUGUGGCUAAUUAUUUUGUAUUUUUCAACAUAGAGAUCUGUCUUAUUUAAAUAAAGUUAUUAGCAGAACCGAA